CCCCUUUGCUCGGAGAUACGACCAAACGCUGAAUUCGUGAUUCCAUCUUUCGCGAUAUCAUCGAUGGUGGUAUGAAAAAUGCUACUGAGUUCGAGUGCCUCGUCAAUGGAAGCUGCUUCUUUUCCUAGCUCUUCCUCCUUCACGCGAUUCCCUUGCCGCCGGCGACUCGCCCGAUUCAACUCGUUCGUCCAUCGUCAAUCUCCCUCCUUCCUCAUCUCUGGCUCCUCCUGUCUCCCCCGACGGUCACUCCGUUUCCGGACUAACUCGACGGCCGACGGCCACCAUCACCAUGACCAUGAGCAUCAUCAUCACCACAGUCAUGAACACGAUCAUCACCAUCACCACCACCACGGCUGUUGUGCGGCACUGACGGAGCUGAACGGGCCUCAGAAAGCGUUGAUCGGGUUCGCUAGAACCGUUGGAUGGGUUCGAUUGGCCGAUUUCCUCAGGGAGCAUCUCCAGCUUUGCUGCUCCUCCGCCGCGUUGUUCCUCGCCGCCGGUGCUUGCCCUUACUUGGUUCCUAAACCCUACAUUAAGCCUCUGCAGAACGCUUUCAUGGUGGUCGGUUUCCCUCUUGUUGGUGUUUCAGCAUCUCUCGAUGCGCUCAUGGAUAUAGCUGGAGGAAAAGUGAACAUCCACGUCUUGAUGGCAUUGGCAGCCUUUGCAUCUGUGUUUAUGGGCAAUGCGCUUGAAGGAGGCUUGCUUCUAGCGAUGUUCAAUCUUGCUCAUAUCGCUGAGGAGUUCUUCACUAGCCGUUCAAUGGUGGAUGUGAAAGAGUUGAAGGAGAGUAAUCCAGAUUCUGCCUUGGUGAUCGAUGCGAACAACGAUGAUGUACCCAACUUCUCUGAUUUUUCGUACAAAAGUGUUCCUGUCCACGAUGUGGAAGUUGGAUCCUUUAUUUUGGUUGGAACUGGUGAGAUUGUACCUGUAGAUUGUGAAAUUUACCACGGUAGUGCUACCAUUACAAUUGAGCACUUGACCGGGGAAGUUAAGCCAUUGGAGGCAAAAGCUGGAGAUAGAGUGCCUGGUGGCGCAAGAAAUUUAGACGGCAGAAUGAUUGUGAAGGCUAUCAAGGCAUGGAAUGAGUCGACGCUUAACAGAAUAGUACAGCUAACUGAAGAAGCACAAUCUAAUAAACCGAAACUUCAGAGAUGGCUGGAUGAGUUCGGUGAGAAUUACAGCAAGGUGGUGGUCGUUUUAUCUGCUGCUAUUGCAUUCCUUGGUCCUUUCUUGUUCAAAUGGCCUUUUCUCAGCACUGCAGCAUGCAGGGGAUCUGUUUACAGAGCUUUGGGACUAAUGGUGGCUGCAUCACCAUGUGCCUUGGCAGUUGCUCCAUUGGCUUAUGCUACUGCUAUUAGUUCCUGUGCAAGAAAGGGAAUAUUGGUAAAAGGUGGGCAGGUACUAGAUGCUCUGGCCUCUUGCCAUACUAUUGCUUUUGACAAAACUGGGACUUUAACAACUGGGGGCCUUAUGUUCAAAGCAAUUGAACCCAUUUAUGGGCAUCAAGCAGGAAAUAACACAAGUGUAACUCCUUGUUGCAUUCCAAAUUGUGAAAAAGAAGCCCUUGCAGUUGCAGCUGCUAUGGAGAAGGGCACCACACAUCCUAUCGGAAGAGCUGUUGUGGACCACAGCAUAGGGAAAGAACUCCCUUCAGUUUCGAUUGAAAGCUUUGAGUAUUUUCCUGGCAGAGGCCUUAUUGCUACCGUAAAUGGCAUUGAGUCAGUAACUAGAGAAGAUACAAUGCGGAGAGCGUCUCUUGGCUCUGUAGAAUUCAUCGCAUCGCUCUGCAGUUCAGAAGAUGAAUCUAGAAAGAUCAAGGAUGCUGUGAAAACCUCUUUGUAUGGGAAGGACUUAGUUCAUGCUGCUCUUUCUGUUGAUCAAAAGGUAACAUUGAUUCACCUUGAGGACCACCCUCGUCCAGGGGCUUCAGUAGUUGUAGAAGAAUUAAAAUCCUGGGGCAAACUCCGGGUAAUAAUGUUAACCGGUGACCACGAGUCAAGUGCCUGGAGAGUUGCAAAUGUUGUAGGGAUAAAGGAAGUUUACUGCAACCUGAAGCCGGAGGAUAAGCUUAAUCAUGUGAAGAACAUCGCUGGGGAAGCAGGAGGGGGCUUGAUUAUGGUAGGAGAAGGCAUCAAUGACGCUCCAGCACUUGCAGCUGCAACAGUUGGGAUUGUACUUGCUCAGCGUGCCAGUGCCACCGCAAUAGCUGUAGCCGAUGCCCUGCUUCUCCGGGACAAUAUCUCGGGUGUUCCCUUCUGUGUUGCCAAGUCUCGCCAGACAACUUCACUGGUGAAGCAAAACGUGGCUCUUGCUUUGUCCUCGAUAUUCUUGGCCGCUCUUCCAUCGGGAUUAGGGUUACUGCCUUUGUGGGUAACGGUGCUUCUACAUGAAGGAGGGACGCUUCUUGUGUGCCUGAACUCAGUGAGGGGGCUGAACGAUCCGACGUGGUCGUGGAAGCAAGACAUUGCACAUGUUUUAUUAUUCAACAAGCUCAGGUCACAACCUCUCUCCCACACAUUAAUCCCUACCGGUAAUAAUAAUACCUAAUACCUAAUAAGAACAGCUUUAGAUAGCUCUAGUUUCUUACGUCUCUUUUUUUUUUGGGUAUAAUUCUUACGUCUCUUUGUUUCUCAAAACGUGUAAAAUAAGAAUAAUGAUCAUCCGCCGUACAUACAUGCAUAUAUAUAUAUAUAUAAAUAUAUCAUCGGAAACACGGGCUUUUAAUGUUGGGAUU